AAGUAAAAACCGAUAAUGUUGUAGACUGUGCUCGCGACUUACACAAAAUAAAAACAACAGAAAAAAUAAUAGUUUUGUGAAAUCGUUAUUAUUUCUUUGUUUAGAAUUUUCUUGAAAAUUCGUGUUUAAUAUGGCUCAAGUUCAUGGUGAACUUUUUACUACUCGCAUGAGGAAAGCUACAAGAAAAAUUCAUUCAGUGAGCGAUGCAUUGGUUAAUGCAAAGUUUGCGAUUUCAUUACGUGAUGAAAAAGUAUGGGGUGGAGGACUGUAUGUAUUUUACCAUAUAUUUGCUUAUCUGGAAGAUGCGAAGAAAAGAUUGAACUUGUCAGACUUUGAUAGAUUAUUUGUUCACAAACUCUUAUACAGAAAACUGGCCUUUGAAGAAGACCUCGCUCAUUAUCUGGGACCAGAUUGGAAGUCUCUGCCUAAGUCUAAUGCUUUGGAAAAUUAUUUAGAACACCUGCAAAACUUAGAAAAGGAGAACCCGCAGCUUUUAAUGGCUUAUAUCUAUCAUUUGUAUCUGGGCUUACUUAGUGGUGGACAGAUACUUACAAAGAAACGCAAAAUGUUUGGAGACAAAAGUGAUGCAACAGCUGGAUACAAUGAUAAAGUGACAGAUUUCACUGGAGUGGAUAUAGCUCAAUUGAAGAAUGACUUUAAAGCUGCAAUGAAUGAAAUUGCUGAAAAAAUGACUGAAGAAGAGAAAGAAGCAUUUAUAGAGGAAAGCAACCAAGUGUUUCUAAUGAAUAAUCUGAUUGUCAACUCGGUGAGGGGCCAGAAUAAAGUUCUCUGCAAUUUAAUGUAUAAGGCAUCAGCUGUUAUGUUAGUAGUAAUUGGUGUUGUUAUGGCAUAUAAAUUACACAAAUAAUCUUCUUAGAAGCGCUGUUCUCUUUCUCAUGUUUAGCUUUUUAUAUUUUAAAGUAUAGUCAAAAUCUGUUAUAACAACAUAGAAGGGACUACUCAUAUUUGGUC